AUGAUUGCUGAUCCAUCAACGCCUUUGGCACUCAUCGAUAGUGUCAGUUAUUUCAAUGCAGAGCAAGAAGUUCUUUUCUCCUUGCAUACUGUGUUUCACGUUAGUGAAAUCAAGAAAAUUGAGAAAAAUAAUCGAUUUUAUCAAGUAACACUGAUAUUGACUAGUGACAACGAUCAAGAACUGCAAAUUCUAACCCAACGGAUACGAGAAGAAACGUCGCCUCGUACACAAGAAUGGUAUCGUAUCGGUGAAUUACUUUUGAAACUAGAUCAAUUCGACAAAGCGGAACAAGUAUAUUCAACUGUUCUACAGCAAACACCCAGUGCUAAAGAUCAAGCAGAUAUUUAUUAUCAAUUUGGAUGCAUUAAAAAUAAUCAAGGUCAUUAUGAAAAAGCCAUAUCAUUUUAUGAACGAACAAUUGAAAUCGAUCGAAAAUCUGUUUCCAUAAAUUUUUGUCAUUAG